UCACUUUGGUAGCAUGUUCACUUGAGAUACAACUCCCAAGAAAAACAACAAAAUUGGCGAAAACCGCGUGCAAUUCGGUAGAAUAAAUAUACACAACAGUUAAGUGCGGCUACGUAGCAGCAUUUAAACAAUAUGCAAGCAGCUCAAGAGCGUCGCUUGACUGCCUAACUGCGGCUGAAAAAAAGUGCGCGUGUUUGUGUGGCCCUGUGAAACAGUGAAGAAAAAAAAUCGCCGCUGCCCCAGCGAGGGUAACUGGGCGCUUAUACAGAAAACUAUUCCCCAAAAUAAAUUGGCGCCAUUGUAAUGCACCAUGAGCCAAACAGCAACCUCAACAGCAACAAAAACUGAAAUGUCCAAAGCAAAUGAAGUCUUUGAUGAGGAGCUAUUUGAGACGCGGCUCGAAGCGCUGAAGGACACGCAGGAGUGCAUACAGCAAAUGUCCAGCUGGUGCCUGCAGCAUCGCAUUAAUCACAAGAAGAUAAUCCAGUGCUGGUUAAACGUAUUCAAACGAGUUCGAGUCGAUCAUCGUUUGGUUCUGUUCUAUCUGGCCAACGAUGUCAUCCAGUACAGCAAGCGCAAGCGCUACGAAUUUGUGGAAUGCUGGGCGACGGCACUCCAAAGGGCCACCACUAUGGUGCGCGAUGAACGUGUUAAGAGCAAAAUCUUGCGCAUCUUUAAAAUCUGGGAACAGCGCGAAAUUUACAACGAAGAAUUUCUGAGCGAUCUGAGCGGCCUUCUCAAUAUAGCGCCGCCAAAGAAAGCCCCAGCCAGCGCAGAUCCAAGUAAUGAGUACCAGAAUGCAACGCUCAUUGCGCAAGUGCGUGAAUGUGUUGAGCUGGCCGAGACGACGGACAAGAGCAUGAAGAAGCUACCGAAGCCACCGAAUUUCGAAAUCGAAGCCAUCAAACAACAGUUGAAAGACAAAAGCCAUUCCGGCGACAUCGAAAAGGAGGUGGAACGCUGUGUGGCCUUUAUUAAUGCGUACAACAAGAAUCUCCAAAACGAGAUCAAGAGUCGCAAAGCGGUGCUGGAGUCGAUCGAGGCCGCCAAAAAGUUCUACGAGCAUCAGGGCCGUGAGGUUAAAGUUGUGGCCAGUGCUUAUAAAAGCUUUGGUACACGCAUUAAGAUAGUCAAGCGCAAGCUGGACGAGGUUAUACCAACGCUAUCCAGUCCGAUACCCUCACCGGAUAUCAAUGCACCCUCACCGGAACGAGAUGCAGAUCUCCAGCUGCCGGAUGAGAACAAUUCACCGUUGGGCGUGAAUAAGGCGAUAUUGGGAAACCUCCUAUAUAGUUCUUCUGGUUUUUAUGUUCCUCAGAACUUGUUCAGCGGCAGCGGUCUAAAUGGAUUCGCCAGCUAUCUGGAUGGCGGCCAGCUGCCGUUUGAUAUCAACGAUUUUAAGCGAGAGUCGAGCGGCAAGGAUCGUGGCAGCGCCAUUGAGGUGAUUGGUUCGCGUUCAGAUGACGAGAGCUAUACGCCCGGCUCCAAUUAUUAUAAGCCCGAGCCGUUGAACAGGAGCUACAGCAGUAACAAUGCCAACGGCAACGGCGGCAGCGUCAUACCGGGCCUGGGUGGCAGUGGCAACGGCGGAGGCAGCGGCGGCUCCAGCGAUGAAUACAAUCCCAGUCAGGGGGUGUCUGGCUAUGGUGGUGUGUUGCCACCACCAGCGCCGCCCAUGUUCGGUGGCCCGGCACAAGAAUAUGCGCCGCCACCGCCGCCGCAUCUUGGCUACGGUCCGUCGGAUAGUCAGUAUACGCCCGCGCCUUUGAGUAGCAAUCCGAUGGCACCGCCACCGCCCAUGCCGCCGGCCAUAACAGCGGCGGGCAGCGUGGACGACUUCAACAGCACCUGGGACAUGAGCAUGACCUGGACGCCGCACGACACCAGCCUGAACAGCAGCGGUGCCAGCUCCAGCUAUACAGCGCCAACGCAAUCGACGCCGCACUCGCCGCCCCACUUCGAGCGCAAGGGCAGCAGCAGCGCGCCCAUUGAGUACAGUGAACAUCAUAAUGUGUCAGCGCUGGGCGCACAGGAUGUGGAUCAUCGAACGAUUCAGCUGCCGCCGGCAUUCAAUUUUCGCGCCAAGUCAGCGCUGAGCGAAGAGCAAACGCGGCAUUUAGUGGACAUUGAUCAUAGGAAUUUAAUAUCGCUGACUGGUUCGCCAGGCGGUGCCGAUAAGGACUUUGGCGUUGGCGAUGUUGAUUACCGUACAGCGCCCAAAAACGAGGAGGCCGGCAGUGCUAUACGCAGUCUGGGGAACAAUUCGCCCAUGAUGGCGCCGCCUGGCAGCUAUGUGAAGAAGACUAGCUCGCCGCAGAAAUCCAAUGCGAGUUCCUCUUCGGAAUCAGAUCGGGUGGAUGGCUCGGCACGGUAUGAUCCCGCAGAUAUGGUUGUUGAUAUGGACAUGUCCGAUGAGGAUCUGGAGGAGUCGCAGAUAGAGCUCAAUGCCAAUGCGGAGCAGCUGCAUCUAGAGAAUGCCGAUGGUGAACUGGAUGCUAAUGGCACCUUAACUCCCCGUCCCGUGCUGCUAGAAACGCCGCAGGACUUUCAAUGGGAUGCUAACAGUUUUCUAACGGCACCGGGCGCCGGCAACAUGCAGGACAUGCAACAGCAGGCCGAUACACAGCAACAAAUGCAACAGCCGCCGCCGUUGCCGCCACAGCAACAGCCAUGGAAUCAAAUGCAACCGCCAAUGCCCUGGAACGGCAAUGAGGGCAACAAUGGAGCGGGUGGUGUGCCGCCCCCACCGAGGCCACCGUUUGCAGGUGGUCCAUUUCCGUUUCAACCAUUUGGCAAUAGUCCAGAUAAUAUGAAUCGCGGACGUGGCCGUGGUCGCGGCUGGUCAGGACCGUAUAGACCCAAUUAUCAACGUAUGCCCGGCCCCUUUGAUGGCGGACAGGGGCCAGGACCGCGUCCAUUCUUUCAACGUGGCGGUGGACCCAUGCGCAACAAUGGCGGACGGGGGCGCAUGCGUGGUAAACCUUGGAUGUAAUUACGUAUUAUAGCUUCAAUAUAGUAUACAUAUACAUACACACACACCCACGAAUUGCCACACACACACACACACGCGU